AUGCCCAUCAUCAGCAACGCCAACCACGACUUCAGCACCUACUCCGUCAGCAGCGACGACAGCAGCCUCGACCGCUUCUUCACCGAGAUCCCGGAGACCGAGACCAUCAAGGGCGCCUACUUCCAGCGAGCCCAGCAGCUCCGUGCGCCCGGGUCCUGGUCCGCGGUGGACCCCACUCUGCAGGUCCUCAUCAAUGUCGGGGGCAACCGCUAUGCCUUCCCCUGGAGCACCCUGGAGCAGUUUCCCCAGAGUCGCCUGGGACGCCUCCGCUCCUGCACCACCCCCGAGGAGAUCGCAGGACUCUGCGACGACUACGACGAGACGUGCCGGGAGUUCUUCUUCGACCGGAACCCGACGGCCUUCAGGGUCAUCCUCAACUUCCUGGCAGCAGGAAAGCUGCGUCUCCUUCGGGACCUGUGUGCCGUGUCCCUGCACGACGAGCUGGCCUACUGGGGCGUGGACCCGGGUCACAUGGAGCGAUGCUGCCGCCGCCGCAUGAUCACCCGGGUGGAAGACGUGGCGGAGAGAGAGAGAAAGGAGGAGGAGUGGAGGCAGAAGAGGAUGACGCUGAAGAAAAGCACCACAGAGGCUGAGAAGGGCCACGGCACCCUGAUCGGGAUCCUGAGGGAGGUGGUGGAGAACCCCCACUCGGGCCUGGCUGGGAAGAUGUUCGCCUGCCUCUCGGUCCUCAUGGUGCUGGUCACCGUCAUCAGCCUCUGCAUCAGCACCAUGCCGGACCUCCGGGACGAGGAGACCAGGGGCGAGUGUUCUCAGAAGUGUCGCAGCAUGUUCGUGGUGGAGUCCAUCUGCGUCGCCUGGUUCACGCUGGAGUUCUUCCUGCGAUUUGUCAACGCCCAGAGCAAGCUGGCCUUCGCUCGCGGCCCCCUCAACAUCAUCGACGUCAUCGCCAUCCUCCCGUACUACGUGUCGCUGGUCAUCGAUGUCAGAGACGAGUCCCAGGACGAGGUCAUCAUGGGCGCGGGCAGAGGCUACCUGGACAAGCUGAGCCUGAUCCUGCGGCUGCUGCGGGCGCUGAGGAUCCUGUACGUGAUGCGUCUGGCUCGCCACUCGCUGGGCCUGCAGACGCUGGGCCUGACCAUGCAGCGCAGCCUGAGGGAGCUGGGCCUGCUGCUGCUGUUCGUCUGCGUGGCCGUGACUCUCUUCUCACCUCUGGUCCAUCUGGCCGAGAGCGAGCUGGCGCCGUUUGCCGCCACGCACCCUCAACACCGGUUCAGCAGCAUCCCAGCGUCGUACUGGUGGGCCAUUAUCUCCAUGACCACGGUGGGCUACGGGGACAUGGUGCCGCGCAGCAUCCCCGGACAGGUGGUGGCACUGACCAGCAUCCUGAGUGGCAUCCUCAUCAUGGCGUUUCCCGCCACCUCCAUCUUCCACACCUUCUCCCGCUCCUAUCAGGAGCUGAAGCAGGAGUAUGAGCGGCUGUGGAAGGAGGAGAGAGGCGAGGAGAUCGCUGCCGAGUCCGAGAACAGCUGGUCCAAGGUGGACUCGUCCCCUGAUGAGGUCACGUCUUUCUCCAAGGACGAGAAGGACGAGGACGAGAAGGACGAGAAGGACGAGAAGGACGGACCGAUGUCCAGUGAGAGUCGUCAGUCCACACUUCCUUCAACAGCUUUCUAA